AUCCCGCCAAAACAAACCACAGCCAACAAAAUGUUCAAAGUUCUGUUCGUGCUCGUCGCCAUCGCCGCCUCCCAGGCAUACGCCUAUCCCGGAGUGGUAGCCGUGGCUCCCGUGGUGGCGCACCCCGCGGUGGUGCACACGCCCAUCAUUCAUCAUGGCGCCCACUCGGUGCACUCCCACGUUGUGCAUCAUCCGGCAGCCGUCAAGGUCAUCACCCCGAUUGUCCACAAACCCGUCGUCGCAGUGCAUGCCGUCAAACCAGUGGUGCCUUUGAUUCCAGUGCAUCACGCCCAUCCCGCUGUGGUUGUGCAUCAUUAGCGGCACCCACGGACCCUAAUCCCAGUCCCACUCCCAAACCCAGUCCCAAUGCCCGAGAACCCGACCCCCUCCCAUGACC